AUGCUCUCAUCAUUACUUGGAUCCUUCCAACCAAGUACAUCUGAUGAUGGGUGGAAAUGUGGUAUCACCGCUGAUGGGGUUUUCCAGGUAGCUGCCCUCAGGUAUGAAAUUGACAAUCUAGACAAUCCGGUUAUGGCGGAUCGUAUGGAAUGGAGUCGUGAGGUACCCAUCAAGGUUAUAGGUUUUAUUUGGAGAGCAAUUCAGAAUCGAGUGCCAACAUUAUGUGCACUUAAGCAGAGAGGUGUAGACACGGGUUCCAUUAUGUAUAGUUAUUGUAUGACGGUGGAGGAGGAAUCUGAUCACGUUUUGCUCUCGUGCCCAUUUGCAAAAAUCGUGUGGGAAUGGAUUCUUAGUGGUGUGGCAUUCAUAUGCCCCAGAUCUCGACAAUUGGAGAGAUGA